CGACUAUAAAUACCGCAGGUCUCGUGCGGCUAGUUAUCAGUCGAGAGCGGAACGUGCUCAGUACACAGUACAGUACGUAGUUAGUACAGUGGAUAGCGGAUACGAAGGAAGAACAUAGGCACGAGAAAUGAUCUUGCAAUUUUUCGUAAUAAGCGGGCUUAUAGCGUUGACUAAAGGAUUCGUGCUGCCCACACGAGAUUCGGAACUACGCAUGCAUCCGGAUUUUGCCACGGUUUAUACCCGCUUAAAGCGUUCCAUGCCGCUGAUCUCCUUUAAUCCACAGAAAGCGGAAGAACAAUACGCUGAGUACUGGCGGGGACUUGCCCAACAGACAUUGGAUCAACAACUGGAGAGCAAGAUGCGUCUAAAUACCCAACUAGCCCACAACAUAAUGCUUUUCAUGGGCGACGGCAUGUCCAUACCGACAAUCACAGCCGGACGCGUGUAUUUGGGGGGCGAGGAGAAACAAUUUGCAUUUGAACAAUUCCCAUACGUGGGACUCAGUAAGACGUAUUGUGCCAAUAUGCAAGUCGCUGAUUCAGCAUGUACUGCUACCGCUUAUCUGGGUGGCGUCAAGGCGAACUAUGGAACGAUCGGUGUGACGGCUGCGGUCCAGUUGAAAGAUUGCCAGGCGCAGGCGCAGAGUGCCAAUCAUGUUGCAUCGAUAGCUGACUGGGCUCAAAGACAGGGCAUGGCAACGGGAUUAAUAACGACGACAUCGGUGACACACGCUUCUCCAGCAGGCGUCUAUGCUCACAUUGCCAAUCGCAACUGGGAGAGCGAUGCUGAUGUUUUAGGAGACAAUGCCGAUCCCACCAUCUGUCCAGACAUUGCUUCGCAAUUAAUUUUCGGAGAUGUGGGCAAAAAUUUAAAUGUUAUCCUUGGCGGCGGCCGCCAGAACUUUUUACCGGCAAGCGCACGGGAUGUCAGCGGAGGUCCAGGGAGCCGCCUUGAUGGACGUAAUCUCAUCGAGGAGUGGCAACGUCAACAUACAAACAGUGCCCGCUAUGUGCAAACACGACGCGAGCUAUUGGAACUGUCGAACCAGACGUCGCGUGUGCUUGGCCUGUUUGCGCCCUAUCAUAUGGCAUACCAUCUGGAUGCGGAUGCCGAGCAGCAGCCAACGUUGGAGGAGAUGGUGCAGGUGGCGCUAGGCAUAUUAGAACGCCAGAGUGCGGGGCGUGGUUACUUCCUUUUUGUCGAGGGUGGACGCAUCGAUCACGGACAUCAUGAUACGUUGGCUCUCCGAGCCAUCGAUGAGACGGCCGAGUUUGACAAGUCCGUGCGCUGGGCACGCCAGCACAGCAGCGUAGAUGAUACCUUGAUCGUAGUCACAUCGGAUCAUUCUCACACCAUGUCAGUGGCGGGCUAUUCCAGUCGCAAGAACGACAUCUUUGGCAUCAACGACGGCCAAUUAGCUGCGGAUGAUUUACCCUAUGCGACGCUUAGCUAUGCCAAUGGACCUGGUUACAACAGCAAUUACCUCAAAGAGGGCGGUGUCAUAAAGCGUAAAAACCUGCGAUCGAUCAACAUGAAAAACAAAGACUUCAAGUUUCCAACUGCCGUGCCCCUCGAAUCGGAGACCCAUGGUGGAGAUGAUGUUGCCGUAUUUGCCAGUGGCCCCUACUCUCAACUUUUUACUGGCGUCUACGAACAGAACUUUAUUCCACACGCUAUGGGCUACGCCUCUUGCUUGAGUGAAAAUCGCAACAUGUGUUUGGAUUCAGGGAUUUCCCGGCGACAACGUUGAGUCAGGAAAUAAACUGCUGCGUUGUUUAAGCCCAAGUCAACAGUUAUUAUCAUCAUCGUACUUACGUAAAUUAUGAACAUACGCUAAAUGGUAAGAUAGCAAAGGCACUUGAAGAGUGUACAAAAGUCAAACAACAAAUGAUUUCAAAUGUCUUUGGUAAUAUUAAGUAUUUAAUGCUUUGAAUUAGGAUGAUAUUUUACUAUUAGAAUAUUCAAUCUGUAGGUUUAAAAUGCUAAAAUAAAUUCAAUCAUCAUCAACCAUUGCAUUA